ACCGCUCUCCUUGUCUUGGUUACAAGGUCAACCCGGUCAAGCUACUCGAUCACAAAGAAAAUGGAGUGCUCCGAUUUGAUAUUCCUGAACACGACCGGGACGUCGAGUCUGUCCGGCCAGGCCGCAAAGAAGAUGAGGGCGCACAUCACCAGGACCAACUUUGCCAAAAGACGCCAGCGACUGACGAGCGGGGAGACCGCACGGGAGCCAAAGGCCAAAGGAAAGAAGGGAAAACGGAAUAUACCCAGAGAUAAAAUGUCCGAUAGCGCGUUGGCGCUUAUACCGGCCCCUUUAUCUCCGUCUGAGGAUACCCUCGACCGGCUGCAGGAACUGCUAUUCAUAGAAGGAAAACGCAACCCACACAACUCUCGUGAAGCACUAUGGUUUAAACUCUUCACCUCGGAGCCGGUGUUGGUCGAGGCCACAAUGGCUGUUGCUGUGCGGCACUGGUCGCCAGAAGACUCAUGGCAAUCGCAAGCGGAUCUCCACUCCCUUAUAGCCGUGAACCUCCUCAAAGAGCGCAUUGCAUCGAUAACUACUCGUCCGGAUGCUGUCCUCGGCGCAGUCAUCACAAUGGUAUUUGGCGCAGCUUUAGCGUGCGAUGAUAUUGCCUGGAAGAUCCAUAUUGAAGGACUUGUACAGAUCAUCAAUGAUCGAGAGUCGAAAGAUCCACUAGGUCUACCGUCAUGGCUUAUAGACCUUAUCGUACAAGACUCAGUAAACAGUAUCUUUGGCUUCCCGCGAGCGUGGCAUCCAAAGCUCAUCCACGCACUGCGCAAAUACCACGAUGGAAAAAUCGCCAAACUCUCCUCCGUCUGUGACAAAGUAGUCCAGCUAUGGCAGGUAAUCAACUUCCAUCACCAAAAUCCAUUAGACUCGGCCUUCAUCGCCGAAGACAUAGAAGAGCCGCUGGCCGAGCUACACUAUGAAGCCCGCGCCCUCCGAAGCCCAGACAACGUCCACAUCGACGCCGCCGCGCGGGCAAUCGAGCUCGUUCUACACCUCCUCUGGCCAACCCGGUCACCGGCCCAUUUGACGCUCAUCGCCAGCGAGUUAAAAGGUAGAAGAUCCCGCUUCCCUGUCAGACAUUGCCCGUAUAUGGACUUGACCUCGUACCAACUUAUGGUCGGGGCAGUUGCCGCUGAGAGGGGAUCGGAUGAGCGAGCUUGGUUUUUAGAUAGGAUCUCGAUAUCAGUAAGAUGGAUGCAGAAUCGUGGAUGGCAUGAACCAUUGAGUCUUUUGGAGAGGAAGGCUGGCCUUGAUGAUAAUACGGGACUUAUGGGGCAGUGCAGGGCUUUAUGGAGGGAGUUGUAUGACGUGGCAGCGACUAUUGAAGGGCAGGCUCUUUACCAGAAGCUUGAGUGAAUUGGAAUUUGUCAGAUGGUCUCAUUACAAAUUGAGAAUUGAUUUCCAAUCUACACAAUUAAUGAAGUCCCAUCCAUUAUUGCCUG